AUGCUCAAGCGCUGCGGCCGACGCCUGCUGCUGGCGCUGGCGGGCGCGCUGCUCGCCUGCCUGCUGGUGCUCACGGCCGACCCGCCGCCGCCCCCGGUGCCCGCCGAGCGCGGCCGGCGCGCGCUGCGCAGCCUGGCGGGCCCCGCGGGGGCGGCCCCGGCGCCCGGGCUGGAGGCGGCCCCGGCGCCCGCCGCGCUCGCCCGCGAGGUGCAGAGCCUGUCCGAGUACUUCGGCCUGCUGAGCCGCGCGCGCAGAGACGCGGGCCCGCCGCCCGGGGGCGCCCCCCGCCCCGCCGACGGCCGCCCCCCGCCCCCGCCCCCGCCCCCGCCCCCGGCCGAGCCGCUGGCGCCCCACGACGUCUUCAUCGCCGUCAAGACCACCAGAAAGUUCCACCGCGCGCGCCUCGACCUGCUGCUGGAGACCUGGAUCUCGCGCCACAAGGAGAUGACGUUCAUUUUCACCGACGGGGAAGAUGAAGCCCUGGCCAGGCGCACGGGCAACGUGGUCAACACCAACUGCUCGGCUGCCCACAGCCGCCAGGCCCUGUCCUGCAAGAUGGCCGUGGAGUAUGACCACUUCAUUGAAUCGGGGAGGAAGUGGUUCUGUCAUGUGGACGAUGACAACUAUGUCAACGUCAGGGCUUUGCUGCGACUGCUGGCCAGCUACCCGCACACGCAGGAUGUGUACAUCGGCAAGCCCAGUCUGGACAGGCCCAUCCAGGCCACAGAGAGGGUCAGCGAGAACAAGGUGCGCCCUGUCCACUUCUGGUUUGCCACCGGCGGGGCUGGCUUCUGCAUCAGCCGUGGGCUGGCCCUGAAGAUGAGCCCGUGGGCCAGCAGGGGCCACUUCAUGAGCACGGCCGAGCGGAUCCGCCUGCCGGAUGACUGCACCGUAGGCUACAUCGUGGAGGCCCUGCUGGGUGUGCCCCUCAUCCGCAGCGGCCUCUUUCACUCCCACCUGGAGAACCUGCAGCAGGUGCCAGCAUCGGAGCUCCGGGAGCAGGUGACCCUCAGCUAUGGCAUGUUCGAGAACAAGCGGAAUGCCAUCCACAUGAAGGGGCCCUUCUCAGUGGAGGCUGACCCGUCCAGGUUCCGCUCCAUCCACUGCCACCUGUACCCGGACACACCCUGGUGUCCCCGCACCACCGUCUUCUAGCAGCCGUGGUUGAGACCCCGUCCUCGGGCGCCCCUGGUAUCCAAAGGGCCCGGGGACCUGUGUUGUGCCGCCCUGGCCUUGGCAUUCGAGGCUCCCUCAGGGCCGUGCCUGCGUGUGUGUGCUCUGUGCCUGUGUGCAGCAGGCUGCUGGGCAGUUCUGCUCUGCCAAGGAACAGGCCAAAGUGCCACUUGUCUGCCUUUCCAUGCCCCGUGGGUCAGCAGGCUCUGGUGCCCCAUCCCAGGAUGUGAGUCAGAGGUCACUGUGGGCCUUUUUAUUAUUUUGGGGUCUUUCGACAGCAUGAGGACCAGGGGCUGCUCUGCAGGGAUAUGCAGGUGCCUCUCCCUUCCUGUCGGGUGCAGGCUCUGUGCCAGGGGGGCCCUGCCUCCGAGCCCCUUUUCCCACACACUGCGCUCAGAGGAACAGCAGCCAGCACCUGGGCGCAGCCACCCCAUGAAGCCCCUUGCGACCAUGUGGCCAGGUGAAUAGCAGCUCCCCUCCCAACCAUCCUGGGUGGGGUGUCUUUCCAGUCCUUGCGGAGGUCUUCUCUUUGUCUCCCCAUGAUGGGAAGACAGAGCUGAGCAUAUUAUCUCCUCUCUGAAGUAGAGAGAAAGUCGCCCAUAAUGGGCGUGUCUGUAAAUAUUGUGACAGUAUUUUUUUACUGUGCUUGUUUCUCAUAAGGGGGUGGGUAAAAGGUAAGGUGUUCUUGUUUUGGGGGGUGGGUGGGGCGGGUGUUAUUUUAUCUUUUCUGUGGAUCAGAAAAAGCAGAAGCCAAAAUUGAGAUGAUCUUUGUUGUUCAAGCUGAUGGAAAUGUCUACUGCUCCAUAUAUUUAUAUGUCCCAGCAUCUGGACCACCCUUGCCCCCUCCUGUACCGUACCUGUCCCCCGCAGGCCCAGCUUGGCACACCUGGCCCGUGGGGUGUGUUUUGUCUUCUGUUUUUCUUUCUGCAAAGACAUAGCUAGGAAAGCCACCGAUAAUGGAAAAGUUCUCAGGGAAUUGAAGUGUGGUUACUAUGGUGACGUCCUUUGCUGUGAAUAAAGUGCUCUUUGGGGCAACCCUGGGGUUCUGAUCUUGCUGGAAA